CUGAUCCUGCCGGACCCCCAAGGCCCUGAGGUGAAUCUUUGGGGGAAAUGAGGCAAAUCUUGCAGCAAACACCUUGAAAUCGGGAAAGAACUCGGGCCAGGAGUUCCCAAGGAGAUUCUGAGGGUUCCCAAAGGGGUUUUAGGGUUAUUUUGGAGGAUCCCGAGGAGGUUUUUGAGGUUUUUGGGGGGAAGAUUUCAGGGAUGCCCUCGCCUCCCCUCACGGUUCAAUAUGGCGGCGCUCCCACAAUGCGAGAGGGCGGGAAAUUUCCACUUCCGGCAUCGCCUCGCUGAGGGAGGCGGGCGAGCCAAUCAGAGGCGGGAAGAAGGCGGGAUUAUAACUCUCAACCAAUCAGAGCGGCCACGGGGCGGAGCGAAAAGGCCGAACGAAUCAGAGAGCGAGGUACGAGCGGAGCGACAGCGGGCUCGACCAAUCAGAACCGAGAGGGCGGAACGGAGGGAGGUGCAGGCUCCGUGCUUUAGAGUCGCGGCCUGGUGCCGCUGCCGGCCCCGCCGCCGCCGCCGCCAUGAACAUCCUCCCGAAGAAGUCGUGGCACGUGCGGAACAAGGACAAUGUGGCGCGGGUGCGGCGGGACGAGGCGGCGGCCGAGGUGGAGCGGAGGAAACGCGACGCGCGCGCGCUGCGGGCGGAACAGGAGGCGAGUGCUGAGGGGGGGGCUCGGGAGGUGCAGGGGGGGCGCAAAGCCCUCCUGGACCCUCUCCAGGACAUGAGGAAGGGGCUGCGCCGAGCCCCCAGCCCCGAAAAACCCCCCCGCUCACAGCCACGGAGCCCCCCCGGAGCCCCCCCGGAGCGGGCUGGGGGGAAAGGGUGAGUUAAUUAGAGAUUAAUUAAUUGAUUAACCUCGGUUUUCAUUAGUUGGUGCUGCUCUGAAAAUCCCACCCCUCGUUAAUCCUCCUUCUCUUAAUUAACUCGUUAAUUAUUCAUUCAUUAGGUUACACUGUCGACCCACGAGAUCUCCCGUAAAGGGUUGAGCCUCCCAAAAUUGGGGUUUGACCCCUCAAAAUUGGGGUUUAAAUCAUUAAAAAUUGGGAUUUAACUCAUUAAAAAUUGGGAUUUACCUCACCCAAAAUUGGGAUUUGAGUCACCCAAAAUUGGGGUUUAACUCAUUAAAAACCGGGAUUUACCUCCUUAAAAAUUGGAAUUUAACUCAUUAAAAAUUGGGAUUUAAGUCAUCCAAAAUUGGGAUUUAACUCAUUAAAAAUUGGGAUUUAACUCAGUAAAAACUGAGAUUUAACAUGUUAAAAAUUGGGAUCUAACUCAUUAAAAAUUGGGAUUUGACUCGUCCAAAAUUGUUAUUUAACUCAUUAAUUAAUUACCCUUUUAUCACUUCUUAAUUACUCCUAAUUACUCUUCAAUUACCAUUAAUUAACCCCUAACCACCCCUUAAAUCGACCCUUUCAUCACCCCAUCAUUACCUAAUUACCCCGUUAAU